GCCGCCGCCGCCAGCAGCCACCGCGCGACAUUAACGCACCGGCCGCCGAACCGUUCGCCCGUGACACGCGCUCGUUCCGAUCUUGAAAGUUUUUUCCGCGUCGCCCGUGAUAAACGCGUCCAGUUGUAGUGUGUGAUCGUCGAUCUCAGUAAUUUCCAAUCACCGGUGGUUCACGUAGUAGUGUAGUACACCAACUGUCGUCCGCACUGCGAAUACAAUCUAUAUUAUACUAUUAUAAUCAUAUAGACGUAAGACGAUCGUUUUGGCUACAAUCGGGGAGGAAAAACAAUUUAAUAAAAUAAUAGAAAAAAUGACGCUGAGCUGGAAGAUUGAAGGCAGUAUUUUUCCAACAAUAAACAAUGCCACGUAACCAUGAAGCCCUUACCGUUUAAGAUCCAUGUACUGCUCAUACUGAUAUUCAUAACCGUAAAUAAUUAUGGCAAUUGUAGACCACAAACUGGGCAGCCAAGUCAACCUCAAGCCGGAUCGCCCCUGGACUCAAACAUCGGUAACAACAAUAAUAACAACAACAACAACAACAACAACAACAACAGCGCCAUAUCUCGACGAGGUUGGCGGGGCGAAUGGCGGCGAACUGAUCCGGGCACGGUGUACAGUUACAUAUGGAAAAGCAGUGAUCAGCCACUCGGCAAAGCCGAGCUGUACAUAAUACUUGCCCUGUUGAUCGGCAUGGCCACUGUCAUAGUCGGUUGCUGGCUGUCGGACAAUUGUUGGUCACCCGAACCGGAACAACACUACACGAUAGCGUGGCACGACCGGCACCGAUGGAUAUGAUCUAGUCCGCCGCUGUCGUUCCGGAUAUAUUUCAAUAAUAAUAAUGGAUAAAACAUUUUGAUUUACAUUUUAACCUCGCGUUUUUCUAUAUUACGACGUAUAGAAUCGUCGACCGAAGACACUAUUCAAUCGUAAAUCAUCGUAGAGCGAACAACAACAACAACAAUAAUAUAAUAAUGAUAUUAAUAAUAAUGAUUUUUGGUCGGAAGUGAUGGGUAAUUAAUUAAUAAUAUGGAAAUUUGUGUUAUCUGAUCGUAACGGUUUCUAACGGAGAUUUAUCGAUAUCCAUGACAACAAAAAUACAUAGACUUUUGUUUCGUUGUAUAACAAAUUGUAUUUUCAGUCGAAC